CUGGAUCUGGAGCUUCCUCAGACUGGAUGUCUGAGUCUGCAGGCGUGAGUGUGGACGGUGGAGCAGACUGUGAAUGUCUGAUGUGAAUUCUGAGGGAUUUCUGUGUAUUUUGGGCUGAAGAAGGAUCUCCACGGCUGCCGAAAGACUGAACACAGCCCUUCCGAAUAUGCUGGCCACAGGAGCGGCUGUAAGCACGGCGCUGGCGCAGGUGGACCGUGAGAAGAUCUAUCAGUGGAUCAAUGAGCUCUCGAGCCCUGAGACGCGGGAGAAUGCACUUCUUGAGCUCAGCAAGAAACGGGAAUCGGUGACUGAUCUGGCUCCAAUGCUCUGGCACUCCUGUGGGACCAUUGCUGCACUCCUUCAGGAGAUAGUGAACAUCUACCCCUCCAUUAACCCUCCCACGCUUACAGCCCAUCAGUCCAACAGAGUGUGCAAUGCCUUAGCACUUCUGCAAUGUGUGGCCUCGCAUGUGGAGACACGCUCUGCGUUCCUGGCAGCGCACAUCCCUCUGUUUCUGUACCCUUUCCUACACACCGUUAGUAAAACGAGACCCUUUGAAUACCUUCGCCUCACCAGCCUUGGAGUCAUUGGAGCCCUGGUCAAAACAGACGAACAAGAAGUGAUUAACUUUUUGUUAACAACAGAGAUCAUCCCACUAUGUCUGCGCAUCAUGGAGUCCGGAAGUGAACUUUCCAAGACGGUUGCAACGUUUAUCUUGCAGAAAAUCUUGCUGGAUGACACGGGUUUGGCCUACAUCUGCCAGACCUAUGAGCGAUUCUCUCACGUAGCUAUGAUCUUGGGGAAGAUGGUACUGCAGCUGUCUAAAGAGCCUUCAGCCCGGCUGCUGAAGCACGUGGUACGCUGUUACUUGCGCCUCUCUGACAACUCGAGAGCAAGAGAGGCUCUCCGCCAGUGUCUGCCUGACCAACUGAAGGACACCACCUUCGCCCAGGUGCUAAAGGAUGACACCACCACCAAGCGCUGGCUAGCCCAGCUGGUCAAGAACCUGCAGGAAGGACAGGUCACAGACCCUCGAGGGAUUCCACUGCCUUCACAAUGAUGAUGCACAUGGAGUCUUCACCUAAUAGCUGAAGCAGGAGAAGGGCUGUAGGCUGAUAAGUCUGCCUUUCUCUCUGUAGCUGGAGUUUUUGUUGUUUUUUAAUGCUUUCAUACACAACGACGGACUGCUCUUGUGUACACAGCACUUACAUGUGAAGUUUAGUGCCAAGAGUGUUUUGCUUUCAGGUUCAAGCAGAUUUCCUUAAACUUUAUUGGACUUGCCAACAUCAAAAACAAUGUUUGGAAUCUCUUUUCUUAUAUGUCUCCGUCUCUCUUGUCUCUCUUACACAUUGUUCUACCUGUUGCAGAUUUUUGAAGACCGCUGGUAGAGAUAUUUGAAUACUGUAAAGUAAACCUGAAAAGGGGGAAGGGAGGGAAGGGAUUUUGUGGGUUGUAAAGAUAUGAUUUUUUUUUUGUAAAAUAUUGAAUGGAUGUGUUGAGUGUGUGUACUGUAUUUCACCACAUUGAACUCCUAAACGGGGGAUUACGAAUGAUUAAACGUACAAGUGUUUUGCA